GUGGGGCCUAACCCCAGGUCGCCCCAACCUCUCGCUAUGCCGCUCGGGAGCAGCUCGCCCGCGCUCCCGUAACCGCCGCCCGCCUCUUGCUCGGGAUGAGGCUUAUCCUCUCGCAACCCCGAGACCAGACCUCGCCUAUAAACGCCCCAGGGGCCCCUCUGCCACAAUCGCCAUCCGGCUUCUCCCCAUGCCACUCGCACUGCUCGCCCCGCAAUUUGGAUCUCGCCAGAGCCGAGCCGCCUCCCCAUCGAUUCCGAUGCCGGUCGCGUCGGAGCAGCCAAACCAACAACCACGAGCCACCGGAGUUCGCGCAGCUCACCGGAGAUCCGCCGCCUUCGCUCUGCCCCGUCCCGACGUCCUCGACGCACACCACCACCCCCACUGGGGUGACCACGCCGCGUCGCAUCUCCCCGGCUGCUUCCCCGACGCCGGAGACCGCCGUAGCCUCCGUCCCUCCAUCACCAGACGGUCGAGCAGGCGUCCCCUGCUCGUCGCUGAUGCCGCUGCCCCGCUAUUGUCCGAAGUGCGAAGCAAAUUAUUAUGAUUCUCUAGAGUUGAACCACCAGUACCAAGGAAUGUCUACGACGAGGAAGAGUUACGUUGUAGGGUUACGGUCUACACUCAACUUGCUGUUGGUGUUGAUGGGACUUCACACCCUUAUGAUUGGUUUCAUCUGUGUUAUAUGAGGAAUAAUCCGGAUCUACGUUAUCUUUUUAACAUGUGAUGUUAUGGUAUUUCAUUGAUAUACUAUGUGUGCUAGCAUACUGAUCCAGGGAUAGCACAGAAAGCACAGAGGCCCCAACCGUACUGGGUCGGGUCACUACAAACUCCUUCUCUAGAAAGGACCCAUUCUUGGCAACAAAUAUCUUGCCCUCU